GCCUGAUUGGAGUCACUCCUCACACAUCUUUUAAUUUUUGUAUGCCUGCUAUUCUAAAUCUGGAUCAAGUUGUUGUACUACUACCCUUUAAACGCAUUUUAGUUUAGGUGAAGUUUCAUGCAGUCUGCUUCUGUAAAUGGGGACACUGAGAGGAGAGUGAGCAAACGAGAUAGUAUCGGGUCACAUCGAAGUCGCUUCACGCCUGGGGCGGAAACGAAGUAACUUUUCACACCUUCCACCCCCUCCGCUGGAGGGAGCGCGUUUCCAUGGGCAGUCGGCUUCAAUGAAAGCAAAGGAACACACAAACCCUUAGUAAGGAGAGCAGACAGGCUCUUCGAGAAACCACGGUAUUCCUGACCGAAAUACUCGUCUUUGUCACACAUUUCGCCGUUUAUUGUCCUUUCUAAUACAGUGAAAUAAGACUAUGGAUCGAUAAUCGCCUUUGAAAUCCAGAACUUCAUGGGAUAUUCGCGCUGAUGAUACAGAAGAUUCCCGAGAACUCCGAAGGAAGACGAGGAACGAAAGAAAGGGGAUAAACAAAAAAAAAGUCAGCUGGCGGGUGAAAGCGGCGAGAACCCCGUUCUGGAGGGGCAUCCGAGGACCCCCUGCGCUGGAUGACCGCUGCUCGCUUCUCCCCGGCGGUCUGCAAUGGGGGAGACUAAAGUUAUUUACCAUCUCGACGACCAGGAAACUCCAUACCUGGUCAAACUGCCCAUCCCUGCCGAGAGGGUCACCCUUUUGGACUUGAAAAAUGCUCUCAAUAAACCCAGCUACAAGUUUUUCUUUAAAUCUAUGGACGAUGACUUUGGGGUGGUCAAGGAGGAAAUCACAGACGACAAUGCAAAGCUUCCCUGUUAUAACGGCCGUGUGAUUUGCUGGUUGGUGUCAUCAGAUGGGUCCCACUCUGAUGGAUGUUCAGUGGCUGAGAGUCAGUCGGAGCGGCCGCCGUCUCACGAGAGAAGCCAAGGCAUUGGAGAUUCCAGACCCCCAUCCUUCCAUCCGAAGGCUGCAGGCAGCCGGCAUGGAGUGGAUGACACUGAUACUGAUUCGGUGGUGUCACACAGGAGGGAGAGAUCAGACCGAUCACGCAGGAAACACUCACAUGAUCACUCGGGAGGAAGGUCGAAUGGCUACUCUCGUGGAGGCAGAGCAAUGGAUCUGGGGGGUUUUGACAUCUGUGACAGCCGUUCUUCCCUCAUGAGCAGUGAACUGGAAUCAAGCAGCUGUUUUGACUCGGAUGACGGCUCCACCAGCCGUUUUAGCAGUGUUACAGAGCAAAGUGGAUCAUCCCGGCUAAUGAGAAGACCUCGCCGGCGGAGACGCAAACCCAAAACCCAACAAAUGGAGAGGUCUUCAUCUUUCAGCAGCAUCACUGACUCUACCAUGUCACUGAAUAUCAUCACUGUCAUUUUAAAUAUGGAGAAGUAUAACUUCCUGGGCAUCAGUAUUGUGGGUCAGAGUAAUGAGCGGGGUGAUGGAGGCAUCUACAUCGGAUCCAUAAUGAAGGGCGGAGCCGUGGCAGCUGACGGACGCAUCGAGCCUGGUGACAUGCUGCUGCAGGUGAAUGACAUCAACUUUGAGAACAUGUGCAAUGAUGAUGCUGUACGUGUGCUGAGGGAGAUCGUGCACAAGCCUGGACCUGUCUCGCUUACUGUGGCUAAAUGCUGGGACCCAAACCCGAACGGCUGCUUUGCUUUACCCAGGAGUGAGCCCAUUCGGCCCAUUGACCCUGCAGCCUGGGUGUCCCAUACGGCAGCCAUGACGGGUGUCUACCCCCCCUAUGGCAUGAGCCCUUCCAUGAGCACUGUCACCUCCACCAGCUCCUCCAUUUCCAGCUCCAUCCCAGAGACUGAAAGAUUUGAUGACUACCACCUGUCCAUCCACAGCGACAUGGCAACAGUUGCAAAAGCAAUGGCCUGUUCAGACUCAGGACUGGAAGUUCGAGACAGGAUGUGGCUGAAGAUCACUAUAGCCAAUGCUUUCAUAGGCUCGGAUGUGGUCGACUGGCUGUUUCAUCAUGUGGAAGGGUUUACAGAUCGCCGUGAAGCACGCAAGUAUGCCAGCAACCUUCUGAAGGCUGGAUUCAUCCGCCACACUGUCAACAAAAUCACCUUCUCUGAACAGUGUUACUACAUUUUUGGAGACCUUUCUGGCAAUAUGGCCCAUCUCUCACUGCAUGACCAUGAUGGGUCGAGCGGAGCGUCUGAUCAGGACACUCUCGCUCCAUUACUGCACCUCAAUGAAGCUCCCUGGCCCACAGCAUUCCCUUACCAGUACCCCACAGCCCAUUCCCACCCGGAGCCAGUGCACUGCUACUCUGAAGCAGGUGGAGGCAGCGCAGGCAGCCAGCACAGUGAAGGGAGCAGCGGUUCGAACUGCAGUUGGAGCCGGACUGAGGGGAAAACGGCAGCUGGAGAUUUCAGGUUGGGAGGGGGCAGCGAGAUGGGCGACGCACUCGAGUUUGACUUCCGUAGAGAACGAGCGCCAAGCGAGCGCUCUGCGGCGCCACCCAGUGAGGGCAGUGUACGGAGCUCACGAUCUCACAGCUACAGCCUGAAGCAGGGAUCAGCACAAGGGGCCCCGAUGUCCCCGUCCGGCCGCCAUCUCGCCAACAUUCCCCCCAAACUCACCGGCUCGCGCCGCUCAUGCAACACUGCCAAUGGGGAGUUCUUCGUCGACAUCAUGUAACUGCGUGACUGUUUAGAGCAGAAGUGCCCAAAAAAAAUCUUUGCCUUAUGGAUUACAUAAACCGUGGCCUAAUAGUGCAAGCAAUUAGAAUUAAGAUUAGUACUGACUGAGAGAUCAGUAGCUUGUGAGCCCCAACAUUGUCUUAGAAAUUAGAAUACUUAAAGCAUAAGCAACAUCAGUUUUUGCAUCCUGUCAUUCAAAAUUCUGUCAUCAUUUACUUACCCUCAUGUUGUUCUGUAUGACUUUCUUUGUCCCGUGGAACAAAAGGAGAUCUUCGGCCCUCUGUUCCUCUCUAUCAUCAUUCACUUUUAAUUUUUUCAAUGAAAGUGAAUGGUGACUGAGGCUGUCAUUCUGCCAAACAUCUUUUGUGUCGUCAUAUGGGUUUGCAACAACAUGGGGGUGAGUAAAUGACAGAAUUGAUUUUGGAUAAACAGUCCCUUUAUAUGAAAUGUUAAGCAAAAUCUCCACAAAAUAGAAAUGUAUUGUUGGAGAAAAUGGAAAGAUAUCCUCUAAUUGAGAAAAAGGAGACAUUGAGGAAAUAGCAAUAAUUCAAUAGGAUUUAGUCAAAAACACUAUAUGGGGGUGAGGAUUCAAGGUGAAUGUAGUCCAACCAAGGACAUAAAUGUUAAAUUUUGAAGAGAAGAUUGUGUUGUACUCUGCCCUGUUUUAAUGCAUAGUAUUUCUUAACUUUUAUCUUUUUUUUUGCCAUUUCUACAUUUUUACUUUCACAGUAAAUUUCUUAUGCAGGUACUUCAUUAUUCAAGGAAAUUGUUUUUUACUGAGAAUCUAUUUUUCAGUGUUUGUCAGCAAUAUUGUAUUGGGAGACUUUUUGAAGUACCAUGUUAAGGAGAUUUUUUUCAUUAUUUUUAUUUAUAAAUAUAGUUUUAUUGUGACAAGCUUGGAGUAUCCUUGUGUAUGUGUGUGAGUUUGUUACAUCUGUUCAAAUAAGGUUACACUAUUGACUUUGUGGGAUGGAAUCUAGAUGUUUCUGGGUUUCUCCACAUCUGCUUCCAUUGUUUGUUGGCUAAUACUGAUCUUCACCAACCUUUUUUUUUUAUAUAAUUUUAAGAUCUUAAAAGGGCAACCUCAAAGUAUUGAAAGGUAUGGGUUGUGCCAGUAUUGUUUUGGGAUGAAGUAGCCACUGCUACUUAUAUGCUAAUAUAUCCUGUAGGAUAACAGUAGGUUUUAUAUUAAGGUUAUAUAUAGAACAUAGUUUUGUUUUGCAAAUUCUCUGGAGUAUCAAUAGUGGACAAUUCAUUGCAUUAAAACGUUAAAGGUAAUCACCCAAGAAGCGGUGCCUGGAAGAACUGUAAUGGGAAUUUCACAUCAGGCAUGAGUUUUAAAUGUCAUAAAUGUAUACAAUUAAUCAAUUACAUAAUCGCAUAUAAUAAGGUAUAAUGUAAAGCAUAUUAACUAAUCAGCCAAUCGUGUAGCAGCAGUGCAAUGCAUAAAACCAUUCAGAUACGGGUCAGGAGCUUCAGUUUAUGUUCACAUCAACCAUCAGAAUGGGGGGAAAUGUGAUCUCAGUGAUUUCGACCAUGGCAUGAUUGUUGGUGCCAGAUGGGCUGGUUUGAGUAUUUCUGUAACUGCUGAUCAACUGGGAUUUUUACAUACAACAGUCUCUAGAAUUUACUCAAAAUGUUGCCAAAAACAUCCAGUGAGCAGCAGUUCUGCAGAUGGAAACACCUUGUUGAUGAGAGAGGUCAACAGAGAAUGUCCAGACUGGUUUGAGCUGACAGAAAGGCUAUGGUAACUCAGAUUGUACAGUUGUGGUGAGAAGAAUAUCCUCUCAGACUGCACAACGUGUCAAAUCUUGAGGCGGAUGGGCUACAACGGCAGAAGACCACGUUGGGUUCCAGUUCUGUCAGCCAAGAACAGAAAUCUGAGGCUACAGUGGGCACAGGCUCACUGGACAUUGGAUGACUGGAAAACAGCCUGGUCUGAUGAAUCAUGGUUUCUACUGAGGUACAAAGAUGGUAGGCCCACUGCAGCAUCUGCUUUCUGUUACAACAAUGAAGAGGGUGUUUUACAACCCUCACAGUGUGGGGUGUGUUAUCUCUGGAGAUGCGAACUCUGCCCCCCUAGUGAGUUGUGCCCUCUGAAUUCAGACACUUGGCACUCUGCCUUACAGGCCUAUGUUUAAAUUACUUGAAGAGACUUUCACGUUUUGUUCUUCAACAUAAAUUACAUAUACUUAUCCUUCAAAUGUACAUUUUGAAGCUACAGGUUUUUUUUUAAUGCAUUUUCCAGAUUGGCUUGCCUUCAGGUGAUGCUAAAACAGAAAGCCGAGCUUGUUAACACUAGUACUGCAAGGAAAGGGGUGGGAGUGUGUGCUUUACAAGGUAUGGUAGGGUGGGGGACUACAUUGAUUAUCAUGUAAAUUGAUUAUGUAAAGUGUAGAAGUCAUUUUAAUAGUGUGUGAUUUAAAUAUUUUAUUAAUGUAUACCUAAUAUUUACUUUUAAUAUUUGUAAUAUAAUUUUAUAUAUAAUUUUGCCAAAUUAGCUGCAAAUAUGACAUCUUAUGGAGCAUUUGCUUCUGUUUCACACAUGACAGAAAAAGACUUGGCAUAAGCUGGUCCUGAAUAAAUUAUUUAAUCAUUUACAAUAAUGACAAUUUUGCAUGUGCACAAUAUAGUUUUUUACUCUGUGCUUGUGCAUUGAGGGAUUUCAAUUGAAUCAAGUAGCGUGUUUUGAAUAUGUUCAUCAAAAUUAGUUCAGAUCCAUUUAAUGAUUCAGUGCCCAUUUCUAGUGAUGCCAAAAGGUGGUGACAAAUGAGUGUCUUGUGUGAAAUGAGUUAGUCACUGAAUCAACGAUCAAAGGAAAAUUGUAAUCCUUUAAAAUGUAAGUAUUAAAGCAUCCUGUGGAAUGCUUAUAAAUCUUCCUCUGUAUCACUUAUUCUAAUAAAU